GUUCGCCUUGCUUGACGUUACUUAUUACAAUCAAAACAAUGCUAAUGGCUGCGCCCUUGCAAACAAAUAUCACGUUUUUAGUUCGAUAAUUCUCUUAUUUUUCAUCCUGAAAAGAAAUAUGACAAAGCGAAAAAGAAGCAAGAUUAAAGAUGCACCAAAUCUAAAACGUUUUCGGUCUGAGAUUCAGUCACUGACUCAUUCUGAGCGAUAUUUUCCUAGGCAGGGACCGAAACAGACCCGAAAAGAAAAAAGAAAGGAAGCUCGGCUAGAAAAGAAAUCAAGAAAGAAUGCGUAUUGUCGUAGAUUACCAAUUCCUUCAAAAGAAGAAAUUGAAAGAGCAAAAAAUGAGUCUAUUCAACAACAGAAACAGGAAGCUAAAUUGAAGAGAAUGGAGGAAAUGAAAAAGAAGAAAAAAGCAAAGAAAGAAAGACAAAAGCAACAGGAGCUUGAGUCACGAGAGGAACAGAGGAGGGUGGAAGACAUGUGGGAUGACAAAGAGAUUCGGGAUCUUGAGAAAAAAUUGGGACUCAAUAAAAGAAAGAAGAAAGAUACCCUUCCUAUGUCCUUCAAAACUGAUGGAUUGGAUUAUAUUUUAGAUGUUGUUGACACAGAGAAAUUGCAAGCAAUGACGAACGUAAUGGAAGACACAGAAGGGGAUGAUUUUGGACUUAUGGGAGAUGAUGAAAGUGAUGAAAAUGACAUGGAUGAUGAUGAGGAUGAUUAUGAUGAUGACACAGGUGAUUUUGAAAACGAGGAUGAUGAAGGGUCUGAUUUAAGUAGUGGAGGAGAAGAGGAGAAUGUUGAAGAUACAAAUAAGUCUAGCAAAUUAGCUAUUGCAUCAGACCAAGAAAAGAAAGGGUCUGUAACUAAGACAAACAAAACUGUUGAAAGUGAAAUGAAAGGAAAGGAAAAAUGGGAAGAAUUGGCAGAAAGAAUUCAAGGUCUUGUGGAGAAAAAAAAGAUUUCCAAGAAAAGUGUGAGAUUUGCAGACCUUGAUGAAGAACAAGAAGUUGAAAAUGAUGACAAUGAAUCAGAUGAUGGAGAAGAAGAAGAAAGUGAUGAUGAUGAUUUUGGUGAUGUUGAUGAUAAUAGUGAUGCAGAAGAUAGCUCUGAUGAAAAUGUAAAUGAAAUUGAUAAUGUUGACAAUGGAAGUGAUGAUGAUGAGAAUGAUAGUGAUGUUGGUGAUGACUCAGAUAAUGGCAUUACUGAUGAUAUUGAAAAUCACGAAAGUGACUUAGAUGAUGAUAAUGAUGAUUCAGGUCUUGAACUUAGUGCUGAAAUUCCAUCAAAGCAAAAUCAGACAAGAAAAUUAGGAGACUUAGGUACAGGAGAUUUGAAGGAGGAUAUUUAUGGCAGAUUGAGAGAUUCUCAGGGCAAUAUUAUCAGGGAUAACAAACCAGCUGGUGGGGAGGGAGCGUAUGUUCCACCAGCUAAGAGGUUACAAAUGGCAGGGAGUGGGGAUGAAAAGAAAAGAUUUAUACUGGAGAGAUUGCAGAAACAACUGAAGGGACUUGUAAAUAGGGCAAGUGAAAACAAUAUGCAGCCAAUCAGUGGAGAGAUAGAGAUGCUGUAUCUUAGCAACAGUCGAGCAGACGUCAACGAGACCCUGGUCGGGUUGAUAUCUGAUGCAUGUAUUGGUCCUGUGCUCACACCAGACAGACUCUCCAUGGAGCUAAUGAUGCUUGUGGCUAUAUUACACGGCAAUGUUGGUUCCGAAGUUGGAGCUGUUUUCCUGCAACAUUUUGCAAAAAGAUUGCACAUGUUGUUAAUGGAGCCGGAGUAUGGUCAGGGUAAAGUGAUGGAUAAUGUAGUGGUUCUUAUAGCACAUCUGUAUAACUUCAAGGUUGUUCACAGUGUACUGGUGUUUGACAUCUUGAAGAAAUUGACAGAGAGCUUCAAGGAGAAAGACAUAGAGGUCAUUCUGUUACUGCUCAGACAUGUUGGUUUCUUACUACGGAAAGACAGUCCAAGCGAACUCAAGGAUUUCAUUGUCAGUGUGCAGACCCGUGCAGGAAGUGCCGAUGCUAUGGCCCUGGCUGAUCAGUCGCGUGUACGAUUCAUGUUGGAGGUGAUUAUGGCAAUACGAAAUAACAACAUGCGGAAAAUACCAAACUACGAUCCAGAACAUCUCGACCAUUUAAGAAAAUUGAUAAAAACUUACAUAAGAGGAGGUCAGUUUGGUGAUAAUCAGUUACAUAUAACACUUGAGGAUCUACUGAAUGCCGAGGAGAAAGGUAAAUGGUGGCUAGUUGGGUCGGCAUGGGACGGAAAAAAUCUCCAUCAAAAUCAAGGUAUAACUUGUUCUACUUCAGGAACAAGCAAGAACAACAUGGCUUUAGGUCAGUUAGAAGUUAGCAGUAAACUACAGGAGCUGGCUAGGAAACAGAGAAUGAACACAGAUCUCAGGAGAAACAUCUUCUUUAUAAUCAUGACUAGUGAGGAUUACUUAGAUGCUUUUGAGAAGUUGAUUCAACUUGGUUUGAAGUCAAGUCAGAAGCAGGAAAUUGUCCUUGUUAUUUUGGACUGUUGUCUACAGGAGAAGAAAUAUAAUCCUUUCUACUCUUACCUAGGGCAGAAAUUCUGUGAAUAUCAUCGGACUUACCAGAUGGCCUUCCAGUUCUGUAUCUGGGACAAAUUCAAGGAGAUAGGCAGCUUGUCUGACACCAACAGGAAUAACUUAGCCAAGCUACUAAAUCAUCUCAUUGUAAAUAAAGCACAGUCAUUGUCUAUACUAAAGGUGAUCUCAUUUGGUACAUUAGAGAAGGGGAUGGUCCGUUUAUUGAAACGUUUACUGAUGGAGCUGUUAUUGGACUAUUCACAAUCUGAGAUAGAGGCGGCAUUUACCCGAAUAGCUCAAAUUGACAAACUGAAACAGUUAAACGAAGAACUUAGACUCUUUCUGAGACAUUUUCUCGUCGGUAAAAAGAGCGAGACUAAAAAUGUAAAAUUACUGGAGAGAGUUGAUAUUGUAGACAGAAUUUUAUCAAGGGGGAAAGGUCAAGUGCUACUUUGAUGUUGGCUGGUGUUUAAAUUACUAUUCAAAUACAGUUUGGUUCUCAGUUUCCUGAACAACAUUUCAGUACCAUUGUGGCUGAAUGGUUGAAGUUAUUGACUUUGAAUCACUUGCCCCACACCACAGUUCUAGUCCUGUGCAUCUUCUCAUGUGAGGUAGUUGUGAGAAAGGUUGGUGGUUCAACCCAAGUGCCUUCCUUUGCACAUGGGGUCUUCUCCAUCAUUAAAAAUUGAAAAAAAUCACAAUAUGACCCGCAUUGUGUCCAGCUGUUCACAUUAUUUGAACAGGGAAAACCAAUUUUUAGCUCCCUUUGGCAGGAAAUGCUCAUGGUGAGCUUUUAGUAACGUUAGAUAUCUGUUGUCUGACCAUCCAUAAACCAGAAUUUCUUGUAAAGAACAUGUUCUCCUGAAUCAUUUAGUCUAUUUUAAUCAAGCUUCACAGGAAUGUUCCUUGUGUUGUAUUCUUUCAUAUUCCUUUGAAUCCAGGUCACCCAUGCAGACUUCUGGUUGCAGUGGCAACCAAAAGGAAAAACUCAAAACAUUGUGUCCUUAGAAUUCUUCAAUACAUGCUGUUUCGUUAAAAACCAUUGUCUCCAGCAGGUGGGACUAGUUCUCCCUAUGUUGCUGUGUGGAAAAUUUUGAACAUUUUCUGCUCUGAAAAUGCUUGCGUGAUUUCUAAAUAAUUUCUCAGCAAUUUUCUAAGGGUGACAUUUAAAAAAAUUCUUUCAAAUUAUUCUUUUUUUGUUGUCAUUUAUGGCCUCCAGGGGGGCAGAGAUAGUUUUCCCUUUAUAGUUUUAUGGAAAAUCUCAUCUGACCGGUUUCAGAUGAGUCUUUUUGGCCUAUUUGGCUGUCUUGUGUUGAGUUAUUAGCAAAUCUUGAAAUAGAUAUAAAAAGUUUUUUGAUUCAAAUUAAAUCACUAGGCUAUGCUGGAAAAUAAAAGCACAGGGACCUCUCUAUGGCAAAAUAGGAUGCUUAGAACAAGUGUUCUAUUUAGUAUUCUAAUAUGCUCGUCUCUGUUAAAAAACGCUUCUUCUAGAAUGACGUCACAUUAACGUGUGGUGACGUCAAAGUUUUUGUUACGACCAAGAAAGAGUGCUACUAUAUUUUAUCUCCUGUUUUAGAUUAAAGGCAUAUUAGAAUUGAAACGAUUUAUAGCAAAAUUGUGUUUUAACACUAUACACUCUGGCGGUAAUACGUCGGUGCGGUCUCGCGAAAUUAUUGCGCCCGACGUAUAACAGCCAUUUGUGCAUAAAUAGUGUUCUAGCACUCUUUUGCUAUAAACUAUUUCUGAAACACAUUGUUGACGUAUUCAUUUAUCAUAUUUUCGAAUAUCGGGUUUGAGACUUGGUUUAUCUAAGUGGUCGGAGUUUAGUCGUACUGAAUCGCAUGCAUUCAGAACUGCCGAUAGGGUUUAAACAUGCUGUUCAAAGUAGGUAAAGGGAAUCACUAAGAUGCUUCAUUGCUGUAUUUUCUGUCAAGACUGAAGACUCGAGCCUAGUUCUAAGCACAAAAGAUCAUCGGUGGAACUUGGCACUGAAGUGUUCUAAUCAUGCAAGAAUGAUAAAAUGUAUGGAAAUGAAUAAGUCCCAAAUACACUACUUAAAUAUUUUCCAAAAAGAUAAACACGAUGAAAGUGAGUCAUCUUUAUUUUAGUAAGCAAAUUGACAAAUACAAAAAAAAACCAGUACAGAAAUAAUACUGAAAAAAAUAAACAAGCAUGUGAGAGUAUUCUUUUCACAAAUAAAUAAACGCUGUUAAAUUAAGUUGUACUUUUCGGAAUCAUUUACACGAACAAUAUACAUAUAUGCUUAAUUCAUUUAAAACUUUGCAGUGUGAAAAAUAUUGAUUUAAAUUCAACAUAUGAAUUAAAAAAACAUACACACUGAGACACAGUCUCGACAAAAAUAUUUAAAAAAAACCAUUUGUUUCACCAAUAUAUGCUUAGAAAUGAAGUAAAUAUUAGUUAUAUUGUAUAUAUGGAAGAGGUCAGCUUGUGUUUCUGUAAAUAUGUGUCAACAGUCAAAGGCGCAAGUGGAAAGGUUCUGUGUUGUCUGUAAGCCUGUCAACAAAUGGGUUAACUUACUGACACCCAACAUCCUCUGAAAUCUUUGUGAAACUCACAUAAUGUAUGACCUAACUUUCUUACAAAGCACUUGAGUUAUGUAAUAUCACAUUAACAUUAUAUCAGCCGCAACUCUGGAGCAACCACAGUGUUAAUGAAACUAAAAUGGUAUGUGCAUUUUCAUAGGGUCUCCUGCGUGUAAAACUUCUUCAGUACAAGUUACACCCCCUGAACAGGACGACACUGCUAUACUUUGCAUGACUCGUGUAAAACUUCUUCAGUACAAGUUACACCCCCUGAACAGGACGACACUGCUAUACUUUGCAUGACUUUCGUGUAAAACUUCUUCAGUACAAGUUACACCCCCUGAACAGGACGACACUGCUAUACUUUGCAUGACUUUC